AUGGCCUUUUACUCCAUUUCUCGAAACAUCCUCCGUGCCACUCGGGCCCCUGCCAUUGCUCUCCCCAAGAACUCGCGAUGCUUCACAGCCACACCUGUGCAGCGUGUCAUUGACACCAACUUGAAGAAGAACGUUGUUCGCGAGAAGGAGGUUCCUGUCACAGUCUACAGUGCUGGCCAAGGCACUGGUGACAAGCACACAGUCAAUGUUCCCGAGGCAGCUGCUCGAGUUCCCAGCGAGCCUCGUGCUCCUUCUACCGAGAGCGAUAUCGUUCAGCCGCUCACCCGCAAGACUUUUGAGCAGCUCCCCCACACCAUGCGCAACAUGAGUGUCUAUGGCAAGACCAUCAUCCUCACUGGCGCUGCCCGUGGUCUCGGAAACCACAUGGCUCGUGCUUGUGCUGAGGCUGGUGCCAAGAACAUUGUUCUCUUCGACGCCAACCAGGAGCUUGGUGACGAAGCCGCAGCUGAGCUUCACGACAAGACUGGCCUACCUGUCUCCUUCUUUAAGGUCGAUGUUCGUGACGGCGCUGCCAUCAACGCUGCAGUCGACGAGGUUGUCGAGCGCUACGGUGCUCCUGAUGUUCUCAUCAACUCUGCCGGCAUCGCCGACUCCAACAUCAAGGCUGAGACCUACGACCCUGCCAUGUUCCGUCGCCUUAUCGACAUCAACCUUACCGGCUCUUUCCUCAUGUCUCAGGCCGUUGGCCGUGCCAUGAUGUCUGCUGGAAAGCCCGGUAGCAUCAUUCUCGUCGCUUCCAUGUCUGGUUCCAUCGUCAACUUCCCCCAGGAGCAGAGCUGCUAUAAUGCCUCCAAGGCCGGUGUCAUUCAACUCGGCAAGUCCCUUGCGGCUGAGUGGGCCAAGUAUGACAUCCGGGUCAACUGCAUUUCUCCCGGUUACAUGGACACUGCCCUCAACCGAGUUCCUGCGCUUGACGCCCAGAAGAAGAUCUGGAAGUCCUUGACACCCCAGAACCGACUGGGUAACGUUGACGAGCUCAACGGCCUUUGCAUCUACCUCGCCUCAGACUCCUCCAAGUUCAUGACUGGCUCCAACUGCAUCAUCGACGGUGGCUACACAUGCUACUGA